GAGAGGCUGUGGUAACACCAGAGCCUGCCAACCUUCCCUUCGCCAACACUGUAGCUCAAGUGUCAGUAGGGUUUUUUGUUCUACAUUACAUUUUCCUCUUUAUACCAGUAGGAAAAGACUAAGAGGUUGUUUCUUGGAGGAACGGCCGGUAAGUCUUUCCGUUCUGUAUCAGGCGUAACUUGAACAGGUCAGCAUUAACUAUUCCCUAAAAAAGCACUUGUCAAUACCUGGACUAUCUUGUCGUCUAGCAAUAUUUAAUUGCAUGUUAAUAAUUUGUACUGUUUCAAUAUGAACGGAUCUGUUUUUGUUGUUCUUUUCUCUCUUUUGAGCAUAUUUUUACCAACAAUAGCGAAAUCGUCGGAGGAAUGGCGUUCUCGUGUCAUCUACCAGUUGUUGACUGAUAGAUUUGCUGUGGACGAUGGUAGUACGGACACGUACUGUGAUGUGUCAUCAUUGCAAUACUGCGGUGGUACCUGGAAGGGUAUCAGUACGAAACUGGAUUACAUUGCGGAUAUGGGUUUCACUGCCAUUUGGAUUUCUCCCAUUGACAAGAACAUUGAGGGUGAACAAGGCACUUCUGGCUGGGCUUAUCAUGGAUACUGGAAUACGGACUAUAAGUCCCUGAACAGCCAUUUUGGUUCAGAGAGCGAUCUGAUUAGCAUGAUUACAGCGGCCCACAAUCUCGGCAUUUGGGUUAUGUUUGAUACUAUUGCAAAUUCUAUGGCUGUGAAUGGCAGUAACCCAGAUUUCUCGUACUCGACGUUGGUGCCCUUCAACGCUGAGAAGUACUUCCAUCCUUAUUGUGUCAUUGACUGGGAUACAGAUACUGACGACCAAAUUGUUGAUUGCUGGACCAAUGCCGGUGUGGUUACACUGGCAGAUUUGGAUUUGGAAAAUAGUGACGUGUCUGAUUAUCUUUACUCCCAAGUGAAGUCUGUUGUCUCAAAGUACAGUGUUGACGGAAUCCGUGUGGAUUCUGCGAAGCAGAUGAAUACCUCUUUUUUCCCUGAUUAUGUUUCCAAUGCAGGUGUUUUUGCUCUUGGUGAAGUCUUCUCUUACGAUCCUAAUAUGAUGUGCAAAUACAUGAAGUAUUCCAUUGGCUCUACGAACUAUCCUCUUCAACUGAAGAUGAACUUUUCGUUCACUGCCACUGGUGCGGGUAUGACUUUGAUUGAAAGUUUGUAUGAAAGUAUGAGUUCCAAUUCCAAUUGUUCCGGCGUUGAUCGUUCGUUGACGGGAACUUUUAUUGAGAACCACGAUUUACAGCGUUUCGCUUCAUACACUAGUGACCAAGCAAACAUUAUGGGUGCAAUCGCUUUUGUACUUGUUUGGGAUGGUAUCCCCAUUAUUUACUAUGGUCAAGAGCAGGGCUUCAGUGGUGCUGCUGAUCCUCUCAAUCGUGAGGCUCUUUGGUCCUCUGGUUACGAUACUACAAACCCCUAUUACACGCUUAUUAAGUCUCUCGUGCAUUUCCGAAGAACCGUUAUGUCUCAGGAUAGUACAUAUGUGACAACACUCUUUUCUUUCAUUGAGUCUGCUAGAGACCAUAUGAUUGCUCAGAAGAACAAGGUGCUUGUUGUGUUUGCCAAUGUCGGUGUGUCCGUGAAUUCUACAACUUAUACCAUUAGCUCCAACUUUUCUUCUGGUGUGGUCCUCAGUGAAAUCAUUCAUCAAAAGACUGCAACUGUCGGUUCGGGCGGUGUCUUUGAAGCCACCAUGACAAACGGCUAUCCUCUCAUCUUUUACCCGUCCGCUAGCCUGGCGUCAACAAGUGUGUAUACUGUAAACCUUACCAUCGUGCCUACGACAGAGCAUACAGGUACUACUACCGUGACUACCUCUUAUUACAAACCCACAUACUCGGCACGAACCUUCACCGGUAGUGGUAGUGUGUUCACGCUUUCUGCUGCCUCGAGUUACUCUUCUUCUUCCCUCCUUAUCCUUGGUUCCUUGGCCGCUGCAGCCUUGGUCACCUUCAUUGUUUGGUAAGUGAAAGUGCCCGCGCUACAGAAACUACCUCAAUCCUUCUUUUUUGUUUACAAUCUAUCCUUGCAUAUCCCCAUGUAGUUUCAUAUUUUACGGUCAACAAGUUAAAAUUAUUACAGAAAUUGAACUUUCAAAAAAUUCACACAUUUCAAAGCUGCGUUAAAAUUGCUUAAACCCCUAAUGCGUAUUUGCACUUAAUACCGUAUAUACUCGAAGUUUCU